ACGUUCCUUUUCACCAUGAUGUAUUCUCCUCUCUGUCUUACUCAGGAUGAGUUUCAUCCAUUCAUUGAGGCUCUGCUGCCGCAUGUGCGAGCCUUUGCCUACACUUGGUUCAACCUCCAGGCCCGCAAACGCAAAUAUUUCAAGAAGCACGAGAAGAGGAUGACGAAAGACGAAGAGCGCGCCGUCAAAGACGAACUUCUGGGCGAGAAACCUGAGGUCAAGCAAAAAUGGGCGUCCCGUCUUCUAGCCAAACUGCGCAAGGACAUUCGGCCCGAGUGCCGCGAGGACUUCGUGCUGUCAAUCACGGGGAAAAAACCUCCUUGCUGCGUACUCUCAAAUCCCGACCAGAAGGGCAAGAUGAGGAGGAUCGAUUGCCUGAGGCAAGCCGAUAAAGUGUGGCGACUGGACCUGGUGAUGGUCAUCCUGUUUAAGGGCAUCCCUCUGGAGAGCACGGACGGAGAACGGCUUGUCAAAGGCGGGCAGUGUACCAACCCCAUACUCUGUGUUCAGCCUCAUCACAUCAGCGUAUCGGUCAAGGAGCUGGACCUCUACCUUGCGUACUUCGUACAGGAGAGAGAAGCAGAGCAGAGCAGUAGUCCGCGCACAGCUAUUGGCUCAGACCAGGAAGACAGUCGAGCAGCCACCAUGGAUGCGCCUGAAUUUCAGGAGAGCUUCGUGACGUCAGGAGUUUUCAAUGUAACAGAACUGGUGCAAGUGUCCAGAACGCCGGUGGUGACAGGGGCAGGGCCAAACUUCUCUCUGGGGGAGCUGCAGGGGCACCUGGCCUACGAUCUGAACCCAUCAGGUGUGGGCAUGAGGAGAACUCUGCCCAGCACCUCCUCCAGCGGAAGUAAGAGGCACAAAUCCGGCUCUAUGGAGGAUGACAUAGACACCAGUCCAGGAGGUGAAUACUACACUUCACCCAACUCCCCUGCUAGCAGCUCCCGAAACUGGCAGGAAGACAUGGAAGGAGGGAUUUCCCCCACUGUGAAGAAGACUGAGAUGGACAGCCCGUCUCCUCAGGAGAGCUCCCCUAGGCUCAGCAGCUUCACACAGCACCACAGACCUGUCAUCGCAGUGCACAGCGGUAUCUCACGGAGUCCGCAUCCUUCCUCGUCUUUGCACUUUCCCGCCGCCCCCAUCCUUCCCCAGUCGGCCUCCACCUAUUUCCCUCACACAGCCAUCCGCUAUCCCCCGCACCUUAGCUCACAGGACCCGCUCAAGGACCUGGUCUCCCUGGCCUGCGACCCGUCCAGUCAACAGCCCAGUCCGCUGAACGGCAGUGGUCAGGUGAAGGUGCCCAGUCACUACAUCUCGUCUCAGAUGCUGGCACCCCCGCCGCCCCCUGGCAUCCCCCGCUUGGCGCUGCCCCCUGACUCCAAAUCCAGCACCACCACCACGGACGGAGGAGCCAGUUCUCCCACUUCACCCACUUACUCUGCUCCAGGGACACCACCUGCCAACCGCUCCUUCGUAGGUAUCGGUCCACGGGACCCUGGCAGCCUCUAUCAGGCUCAGUCCUGGUAUCUGGGGAACUGAACAACCCAAGGAUAAAACAAACGGGGCAUGGACAUGGAUGUGAGAUUCAAAAAAA